AUGUGCUCCUCUGUCAGCCUGGUUGUAGAGGGCGUUGCGCUGGGCAGUGGAAGCCAGUUUUUUCCCCGGAUGACCAUGAAAAGAGAGUACAAUACAAAGUGCUUUUGGCCGGAUCGCUUUUGUCACGAAGUAGCCAACCACUAUAGGGAUUACAAGUUAAAGCACCAUUUGCAGCAGCAGCUUGGAUCUGGAUGUGUAUCCCGAAAUUUAGAACAUCGGCGACGAAAGAGGAUACACUCGGUGAAAAAAUCUCGGGUACCCGCCUUAUUAGCGUCAGGAUAUGCGCAGUUUCGCGAUGUGUUGCCAACUCAUGUGCACUACUUUCCCAGAUCCGACGAUACUACGUAUGCGUCGCGCAGCCGACGGUCAGUGUGCUCUGGUAAGUUUUCGGACGAAACCUACAACGACGCCGUGCGUCGGAUAAGAAGUGCUCAAAGCUGCGAGCAGCUACGUCACCUGGUCCACCGGAUUCCAUGGGGAAGGAACAGCAAAAUCGGCACCAGUGAUGAGGUGCCGGUGGCCUCAGCGCACGGAAGCCAAACCAGCGACUGUGGCCGUCUCAAUUAUAAGAUAAAUAUUAAUAACCGUUGCGCGGAAAGCCCACAACAGAAACUACCAGUGAAUUUCUACGGUUAUUUGCAACUGGGCAGCAGCUAUUACGAACGGGGGUUGCAGGCUAACAUAAAGUACCUGCAAUCGAUUGGCCAGCGACAGCGUAAUACAAUAAGGCCGGCGACGGGUUUACUCUUCGACGAAGUGCAGCGUGACGAGAGUCCGGUUCAAAAGUUGGCCAGUCGACUGGUGACGUUGCUCAAGGCCAAGAAAAAAGCGGACGACCCCGGCAUUUGGGUGAACAUAAGAACAGUGAAGCGAAAGGAUCUAGCAGAAGAGCAAUGCUCGGAUGACAAUUUGGACUUCAACUCAGAGCUGGAAUCGAACACAGCUGAGCAGCUUACUAGCAUGUGUGAUUAUUAUAAGUUCGAUUGUACAACUUCAGAAUUAGAUAAACCAACUAUAGAACACACAUUAAAAACCACACAGACUGCAGCAAAAAGCGAAGCUGCUGUCCAAGUCGCACUUACAUCCGCCGACCAACGACGUCUCUAUGAGAUCAUCGACAAUCUAAGCUACCUGAGUAUUGGGGAGAACAAUUGUCGCAGGAAGCAACUGAUACUGACCCUGCCCCAGAUUACGCUCACUGACUGCACCGCUCAACAGGUGGCUCUACAAGCCAGACCACCGAACCUUGAUCUGAAAGCGACAUAGAAU